UCCUUCUACACCCCCAUUAACACGACAGAUGCUCCACUGCAGUAAGGAUGGGACUGCAUCUCUAAACAUAUUGUUAAGUUAGACUUGUGAUAUUUUGGACAAACGAGAGAAGAGAACCCUUUGAAGAGAAAAAACCUAUUCCUUUAAACCAUUCAAACUCGUCUGGUGAGUGACGCCACUCAGAAAUAGUUUCACCGAUGAAUUUGUCCAAAGUGACUUUUAGUGUUGCUAAGGAAAUAUUGUCUCUAUCCUUUUACAGAGUCACUUUUAGACAAGCAUGAGGGACAGACUGGACCAUCUGCAGACCGUCUCAGUGUCAAGCCUCCAUGUGGAGGAGAUGGAAUCAGAUUCAUUCAGCAAUGUGGACCUGGAGGAGGACUUCGCCCAGCAAGCUGUCAUUUUUGACAACAGCGAGAAGAUGGAGUUUGUGCUCGAUGAGGCUCAAGAAACCAGACGUGAGAUUCAACUCAUCCGACUUGAGGUCAAACGUUUAAAAGAUCAAAACACACGCCUUCUUAGUGAACCAACUCGUACAACUCACAUAAAGCAAGACGCCAACGUCAUCGUUGGUGGCAUCAAGACUCGUGGAGAAGACAUCCUAGCACGCCUUCAUAAGAUGGAUGCCCAAGCCAAAAAUCUUGAAGAGGAAAAUGGCGUCAACUCGGCUGUGGCAAGAGUUGCCCGGACACAGUACGCCACCCUGAGUAACAACUUCCGUGACGCGAUGACAGAAUACAAUGAUGCAGAGAUGAGCCACAAGGAGAACUGCAAGCUUCACAUUCAGCGACAAAUGGAGAUUGUGGGAAGAGAGGUUUCUGGUGACCAGAUUGAGGAGAUGCUGGAUAACGGUCAGUGGAACAUAUUCAGUGAUAACUUUAUCUCAGAAGGCAAAACAGCCCGCUCUGCACUCAACCAGAUUGAGAGUAGACAUCGGGACUUGCUGGAGUUAGAAGGUCGACUCAAGAGCCUUCACGACGUCUUCCUGGAUGUGGCUAUGCUUGUAGAGGAACAAGGACCUAUGACAGACUACAUAUUAAACAAUGUUCAAAAAACUGAUGCUAAGCUUAACGAAGUCCUUGUCAAACUGGAACGGGCAAAGAGGCAUGACAAAAACAACCCGUUCAAGAAACUGUUCUGUGGAUGCUUCCCAUGUGCAAAAAACUGAGAC